GAGGAGGCUGUCACAGAGCGCAGAGACUCGGAGACCUUCAGUCCGUCAGAGGAGCCUCGGUCUGCCCAGAAACGCAGCUCCGCUCCGCGUCUCCAAAAAAAAAAAAAAAAAAAAAAAGAGCCCGCGCGUAAAAAGCUCUGGAGGAGGACCGACAGGAACCGAAGCUUUUAUUUCUUCUGCUAACCUGGAAAAAAGUGCCGCUGAAAUUGAAAGUGAGCGGGGGACAGAGCUGGACGUAAAUCUGCGCUUUGAGGACUCCAUCCCGGUCCACUGAUCAGGAGGUGAAUGGACCUCCACCGCCCCUUCAAGAUGGACAGCCCCUCCUACCUGCCGGCUCCUCUGGCCUCCCCCGCCCUCAUGGUGCUGGCCUCCACCGCCGAGGCCGGCCGAGACGCCUCCGUCCCCUGCCAGGCUUCGCGGCCCUUCGGCGUCCCCGCCUCCGUGGAGAAGGACCUCCACCUGCCCUUCCCCUCGGCCUCCUACACCUUCACCUCCAUGUACCAGCGCCAGGGCCCCGUGUCGGGCACCUUCCCGGCCCGAGACUUCCCGGCCUCCCUGCUCCACCUGCACCCCCAGUUCACCCCUCCGAACCUGGACUGCUCCACCCUGGGCAUGCUCAACCACAGCGGCGUGGGCGCCUUCCGGCCCUUCUCCUCCCCACAGGAGGAGAGGGAGUCCGGGGGCUACCAGUCGGCCUUCACCCCCGCCAAGAGGCUGAAGAGCUGCUUCCCGGACGUGGAGGGGAAGGAGUUUGACUUCGGCUCCCUGGGCGGCUCCCUGAAAGCCGUGGAGGACUCGGGCAGGAAGCUGUUCUCCAUGUCCGGCCUGCUGUCUGAUGGAGAAGCUUCGUCGAGCCCGGAGGAGCGCAAAGAGCACAGUAAGCUGAAGGCUCUGUAUGACGCCCAGGCUCCGGUGUGUCCGGUGUGUCAGACGGUGCUCCGACCAGCAGAUCUGCAGGAACACAUGGAGCAGGAGCUCAGCAAACUGGCCCAGCUGCACAUCAGCGGUUCUUCUCUACAACACGACCUCCUCAUCAGAACGCCGAAGUCGUUGUCGCUCUCUCUGCACAUCAAGCGUGAAGGAGGUUCUCCCAGUUCUCCUCCCCGACCGGCUGAAGAAGCUCAUUCUGACCGAUACCAGACGUUUCUUCGUGUUCGAGCCAACAGACACACCAGACUGAACGUCGACGACCUCUGCUGGUGCAGGUGCUACGUCAAAUCUGCCCCAUUACGCCCCCACAGCGCCGGAGCCCACCUAGACUGCACCCAAGCUGUCAGGAUCGGAAAGAUGAAGAGGAGGAAACAUGAAGAAGGACAGGUACGGAGAAGCUUCUCCGACUCGCUGCCGCUGGAGGACGAGUUGGAACGAGAGGAGAGGAUCCAGAUGGCGUCUCUGGCUUUAAAGCAUAUAAAUGUCUCAUCAGGUGCCAUGCUGGUGACCACCACCUCUAAGGAGUGCAGAGACAGCGACGCUGAUUUGGAUGUGGACGGAGACGAUACUCUGGAGUACGGCCGAGCGCAAUACUCAGAGACGGAUGUGAUUCGCUGUUCAGGAGAAAGUUCCAAGGAGACGACAGUCAACAGCAGCAUGUUACCAGACUCCAGAGUAAAUCCAGACUUUUCCAAAUGGUCAAACGACGGGAGUCCGUCGACCAGCAGAGAAGGAGAGAAGCAGGACAGCAGCUCGGCCGGACUCCCAAAAACCUGCAGAAACACCGAGAUGGAGACGCUCUCUGAGGACGCCACGCCGACGACGCUGGACGCACUGAAAGCUCGGAUACGAGAUCUGGAGAAGCAGCUGUCUAAAGGAGACCGGUUUAAAUGCCUCAUCUGCAUGGACACCUACACGACUCCGCUCACCUCCAUCCAGUGCUGGCACGUUCACUGUGAGGAGUGUUGGCUCCGGACGCUGGGAGCGAAGAAGUUGUGUCCUCAGUGCAACACCAUCACCUCACCUGGAGACCUGCGGAGGGUUUACCUGUGAUCUGUUUCAGGUGGAUGAGUGGGCAGCUGGCCUGUCCAUCACCGUCCUCCUCCUCACCGUCCUCCUCCUCCUUCCUGUACAGAACUUCCUGCUGCAGAUCAGAGGAAACAUCUGAACUCAGAGCUCAGGCAACGGGAUAAUAUUUAUCACUUUUCUAAUCCUUUUGUCUGUUUUAUGGGGGGAAAUUUGAACUGCAAAGCACAUGUACAUAGUUUGGUGUAUGUCUGGAGUGGCGUGUGUGUAGAAGUGGAUUUACUGUACAGAGUUGUCUUUAUCGGUUUUAGCUCUGGUAGAAACACGCAGUAAUCUCAUCCCUUUGUUUUCCUCAUCCAUGUGUUUUCUUUGUACAGGAGCAUUAAAUCUGAUUUUAUCAGCGUUACUACAAUAAAAAAAAUGUGUGUCUGAA